AUGGCCAUUCAAUGCUGGCAUGUGAGGCUACAUAACAAACCACCAAUGGCCAUUCAAUGCUGGCAGGUGAGGCUACAUAACAAACCACCAAUGGCCAUUCAAUGCUGGCAUGUGAGGCUACAUAACAAACCACCAAUGGCCAUUCAAUGCUGGCAGGUGAGGCUACAUAACAAACCACCAAUGGCCAUUCAAUGCUGGCAGGUGAGGCUACAUAACAAACCACCAAUGGCCAUUCAAUGCUGGCAUGUGAGGCUACAUAACAAACCACCAAUGGCCAUUCAAUGCUGGCAGGUGAGGCUACAUAACAAACCACCAAUGGCCAUUCAAUGCUGGCAGGUGAGGCUACAUAACAAACCACCAAUGGCCAUUCAAUGCUGGCAUGUGAGGCUACAUAACAAACCACCAAUGGCCAUUCAAUGCUGGCAGGUGAGGCUACAUAACAAACCACCAAUGGCCAUUCAAUGCUGGCAUGUGAGGCUGCAUAACAAACCACCAAUGGUCAUUCAAUGCUGGCAGGUGAGGCUACACAACAAACCACCAAUGGCCAUUCAAUGCUGGCAUGUGAGGCUACAUAACAAACCACCAAUGGCCAUUCAAUGCUGGCAUGUGAGGCUACAUAACAAACUACCAAUGGCCAUUCAAUGCUGGCAUGUGAGGCUACAUAACAAACCACCAAUGGCCAUUCAAUGCUGGCAGGUGAGGCUACAUAACAAACCACCAAUGGCCAUUCAAUGCUGGCAUGUGAGGCUACAUAACAAACCACCAAUGGCCAUUCAAUGCUGGCAUGUGAGGCUGCAUAACAAACUACCAAUGGCCAUUCAAUACUGGCAGGUGGGGCUACAUAACAAACCACCAAUGGUCAUUCAAUGCUGGCAGGUGAGGCUACACAACAAACCACCAAUGGCCAUUCAAUGCUGGCAGGUGAGGCUACAUAACAAACCACCAAUGGCCAUUCAAUGCUGA